AUGUCUGCCGCCCCUGAGCAAAAAGCAGCCCUGCUGCCCCUCCUCAUCUCCAACAAAGUCCUCUCCUUUGGCAGCUACACCCUCAAAUCCGGCCGUGAAUCGCCCUACUUCUUCACCUCGUCCCUCCUGCACACUGCGCCCCUCCUCCGCGCCACCUCCGCCGCCUACGCCAGCGUCCUCUCCUCCCCUCCCUUCGUCAGCACGGAAAACGGCACAACCACCCCAAACUUCGACAUCAUUUUCGGCCCCGCAUACAAGGGCAUCCCGAUCUGCGCGGCCGUCGUCAACGAGCUCGCGGUCCGCGACUCCCUCGCUGCCAAGCCCCAAGGCACCUGGGACAACGUCAGCUACUCGUUCAACCGCAAGGAAGCCAAGGACCACGGCGAGGGCGGGAACAUCGUGGGUGCGCCGCUGAAGGGCAAGCGGGUUGUUAUUGUGGACGAUGUGAUUACGGCGGGGACUGCGCUGCGCGAGGCCGUGUCGAUCAUUGAGAAGGAGGGCGGUAUCGUUUCUGGUGUUGUUGUUCUGCUGGAUCGCGAGGAGCGCGUUAGCGAGAGUGAGGCAAAGAGUGCGGUUGGUUGUGCCCAGCGGGAUCUUGGGGAGAAGGUUCCUGUGCGCGCGGUUAUUGGGCUGCAUGACUUGAUUGAGAAGCUGGGUGGUGAGAUUGGGGAAAAGGAGGUUGAGCGGUUGAAGGAUUACCGGGCGCGUUAUGGCGCUGAGUAG